AUCCAUGGCACUGUCAGCCUGCCACGCAGUAGAUCCAAGAGAAAAUUCGAGUUCCUAGUUAAUAUGCAGUUGUUGCUCACAAAUCGAAAGAUACAAAAAGAGUUAGAUCUACCAUCAAACGCGCUAAGUUGUAAUAACAAUCACAAAUUGAUCCGAAUCUUUUUGACGCGGCUUGUCUAUCCAGAUUCCGAGUAUAAGGUGAACAAGAGAAACAUCGACGUUGGACAGAUUCAAGUGGGUCAGAACUUGCUGCCCUCGUCAUUGUGUCCAUCCAGAGCCGCCAUGCUCAACUGGAGUUCUGCCUCUUUGGAAACAUUGCAGUCGGACUGGUUUAUUGCAGCCGCUCUCCAAAUUAACCCUCGUCUUCGUACCACUAGGUUGUCGUUAGCUGCUAUUACACGGGUUGAUCUUUCAUGUAAUCGUCUCACAGUUUUCCCAUCGAUUCUAUUUCAAAUGCCUUCACUCAGAUCUCUCAAUCUUGCCGAAAAUCUCAUUACCACUAUUGAUAUGCCCGGUUUCUAUGUAACCUCUACGUCGUUAGAGAUCCUGAACCUCAAACAAAAUCGGCUAGAAUCGAUUUCCCCUCAGUUCCUCUCCUCUUUGCCCCAGUUAACAGUGCUCGAUGUUUCUCGAAAUUGUCUAACUCAACUACCGGAGUUUAUUUGGUUGUGCCCUUCAUUAAAAGAGAUCAACGCUGCAUCAAACCAUCUCGCAUCUCUUCCCAUGGUUGGCAGUGCUGCUAGAUUAGGUCGUGUGACUCGAGGAGGUCUCAAUCAACAACCCGCAACACCUAUCAGUCCCACCAAAGCUGAAUCAAGUAAUAUCAGCGAGGCCCUUGAUGAACCAUCAAAUGUUUUCACGAAACCACUUAUUCGUCAAAACGUAUGGCAAUCCGCGAUCAAUCUAUCCAAGGUGGAUGAUGAGAACUUCUUUCCUGAUUUUCCUGUAACAUCGUCUAGUACACUCACAACUUUGAAUCUCUCUGCGAACAGGUUCCAAGUGUUCCCAUUCUGCCUUGCAUGUACUUGUCCACGUUUGCUGUCGUUGAACAUGAGCUACAACCAGUUGAUAUCAUUACCUCCAAUACAAUGUAUUCCUGCACAUGUUCGGAAUUUAGAUUUUUCCGGCAAUUUAAUUAAGGAGCCUUUUCAAUUGCCUUCUAUUGUGCAUACAGUUUGCCAUGCUGUAACUCCUUCAUCAGAUUCUACAACAAUUGCAGUUCGUCGCCCAAGAAGUCCUGCUAGACAGAAUCGGAGUAGGUCUAAAUCAGCCGUGCGCUCUCAGCGUUCGCUUUCUGUUUCCCGACAUCAACCCGACAUCCAUAUUGAAGAGGCUUGCCUGCAUAAGCAACACGAUACUCUAGAGUGGCUGAAGACUCUAAAUAUAAGCACAAAUCAACUGGAAUCAAUUCCUAUAUGUAAGAAUGCAGUCAGUUGCACCGUGCUCUUUCCAAGUCUCAGCGUCCUAGAUGCGAGCUCCAAUGCUAUAAAAGUUAUCGGUGCUGACAUAUCACGAUUGAGCAGUUUGUCCGUUUUGAACUUGACAGGAAACAAAGGGAUUCAAACGCUGCCCCCUGAGCUUGGAAUGCUAUCACGGUUAUGGUCUCUUUCGUUGAAAGGCUGUCAGUUGAAGGAGCCCUUGGAUUCGAUGGUUAAUACUGAAAACUGCAAAACUGUUGAAAUCGUAGCUCAUUUGAAAACUAUUCUCGAGGAGUCCAAAACCUACCAUCAUCUUCGACUUCUAAUUCUGGGAAGCGACGGGGUGGGAAAGAGUCAGCUGUGGGAUGGCCUCCGAUCAGAAGCUGUGCAGAAGAAAUCACCCUCGCAGAGUGUACGCAUAGCUGAGUGGAAAUUCGAAGCGAAGAAACAAAAGAACGAGGCUGCUCAUGGUCCGAUCGCGUUCUCCGCAUGGGACUUUACAGGCCAGAGGGAGUAUCAUGCCACGCAUCACUACUUCCUCACUCGACGAACUCUUUAUGUUGUUGUUUGGAGAGUCACUGAUGGAGAUUUGGCCCUUCAUGAUGUCCAGAAGUGGCUUAUAAAUAUUCAAGCUCGAGCUCCGAAUUCCUGUGUCGUCCUAGUUGGAACCCACGUCGAUCAAAUCUCCUCAAAUCCAACAAAAUUUCCUGCUGGUUUUCUUGAGGAGAUUGAGAAUAAGGUUAUCCGGUCCCGAUUCAUGAUCGUCGAUGCAGACAAACACGGCCUACCUCGUGUUUUAGAAUUGGUUUUGGUUAACGGAAAAGCAAGAAACGAUAUCAAGAAUCUGUUGAAUGUAAUCUACACCUCUGGCUGGGAAGUAAGAAUCGGCAAAGAACGUGCCCUAGACCAGCAAAUCCCAUCCGCUUACAUUGCUAUGUUGAAAGUGGUUCGUGAACUGCAUGCUGAUUUACGGAAAGAGGCAACAUCCGCUAUAAUGACAGCUGAGCAGUUUCGCGAACGGACGAAGCAACGGAUGAUUUCGAAGUUUGGACGAACUUUCAGGGAUGACAUUGAGUUCCGUGGUGUAUGUGCAUUUCUUCACGAUAGCGGUGAGAUAGUCCACUUCGAGGAUGCUGCACUGCGACAGCUCAUCUUUGUGGAUCCUCUUUGGCUCGCCGACUAUCUGGCUGCUAUUGUCGCACUGAGGUCUCCUCAUCGCGCAGCGGGUCUUCUAUGUCAGGAUGCAUUAGUGCCCUUGAUAAAACAAUUUCGUUGUGUUGGAUUCGGUGCGCCAUUACGAGGAUCGCUGCUAGAUCUGCUUCAGAAGUGCGAGCUUGCACUCCCAUGCCUAGCUCGCCUACUUGUUGUACCAGCUCUUUUACCGGACGAGUAUCGCCUCAGAGCAGAUUAUCAUACAGCCUGCGUAAAAGUCUCUGCCAAAAUUUCUUCAUGGAGUAUCAGAUCACCUGCAGAAGUUGUUUCCCACCCUCCACUUGCCAGAACCGUCGUCAGCGGAUGGCAAAGUGAGGCAGUGUUCGCGUUUUCUUUUCAUCAAGAAAAGCAGCUGCGCCGUUUGUAUGCUAUGUCGUAUAUUCCAGCGGGCUUCUGGAGUCGCCUAAUCACGAGGAUCAUUGGAGACGAAAAUGUGAUGCGAGCUGUCGAGUGUAUGUUUGCAACAAAAGUCCGCAGUGAUGUUGCUCGGCUUCAGCCGAUCUGUGACAGUCAGCUGAAAGCGGAAUGGAUCAUAUGGCAGACAGGGAUAGAGCUCAUGAUCAAGGGUCAUUCGGUCUUCGUUCUCAAGCAAUUCUAUGCGCAGGCAGAAGUUCGUGACCUGGACUAUACGCUUUUAAAUUUCCGAACACGUGACGAACAGAAAAGGUGGCGGACCUUCCCUCUUGAUCAAUAUGCUCUUGUGGAAAUGUUUAAUAUAUGUGUUCGGUCCAGUCUUCAUUCACGAAAGUGCACUCUUACCGAAAAUUUAAUGGGAUCGACCAGACUUCUGGCCUUGGUAGUGGAUCUUCUCGACACCUUACUUGAAGACUGGUAUCCAGCGAUUGGCACACGAUUCGUGCACUCAUCGGAGGGUGAUUUGCUGGUUAACCGUUUCGUACCAUGCUCCAAAUGUGCAAGUGAAAUUACCACGGAAGUUCAACACGCCCGUGACGAUGCUGAUCUCACCUCAAAGAAGAGUUCGAAGACCACUGGUGACAUCUCAGCUCUGUACGUCAUACAUUGUUUCUCGAUUGAGGAAUGCAUGCUAGCAGGUCGCGAAUAUGGUUGGCUUGAGUGUCCCUCGCACAGUGGUGUGCACAUGAGAGAUGUAGCCCCAGACACGGUUUUCGUCGAUAUUGAAUCAUCUUUGGUAAUCGGAACUGACCAAAUUAGACGAGGAAGGCUAUUGGGACGAGGCGCUUUUGGAUUUGUUUUCAGAGCAACGGUGAAUAGUGAAUUGUGUGAAGUUGCUCAGAAGAUGUUGGAGCCAGUAGAUCCUGGCCCAGGCGCUAGGCCGACAGCUCUCGCUGCAUAUAAAGCUGGUGCUGACAAGUGGCGUCGCGACUCGCUCGAAUUCGCUUCGAGAGCUUAUUGCACUUCACGGCAAGAAUUAAACCUCCUCAGUCGACUACACCACACCAACAUCAUUGGCCUGAUGGGGGUUUGUGUGUCGCCGUUAUCGUUAGUAGUGGAACUUGCCCCCCUCGGCGCACUGAAUCAGUUACUAGCGAGCCAUCGCAAAAGUGGAGCUCGCCUCGGGUUGUCUGUUCUGAGAGACUCUGCUGUUCAGGUAGCAAAAGCUUUGGAAUACCUUCACGCUGCUCACAUAAUAUACCGUGAUCUUAAAAGCGAGAAUGUUCUGGCAUGGAGAUUUCCUUCACCGUUCGCGGCUAUGACUGACGUUCUGCUGAAGCUUGGUGACUAUGGGAUAUCUCGGACUGUGAUGCCAUCCGGCGGAGCUAAAGGGUUUGGUGGCACCGAAGGCUUUAUGGCGCCUGAGAUUGUUAGGUUCAAUGGAGAGGAGGAGUAUACACAGAAGGUUGACUGCUUUUCAUUUGGAAUGUUUUUAUAUGAACUGAUCACCCUGAAGCAUCCGUUCGAAGGGCAGGAACAUGUCAAGGAACGUCUGUUGGAAGGAGCUCGUCCCGUGUUCCUACCACAUGAGUUGCUAGUACCGUCACCAAUGUUAGAUUUGGUUGUUCACUGUUGGGCGACUUUACCAGACGAUCGGCCUUCAUCAUCUCAACUUGUGGGAUACUGCUCUGCUCCGGAGUUCACCCACAUACUUGAUGUUUGUGAACUCGAAGAAGCUCUGCCACCUUCUUCCGUUUUACCGUAUUACACUGGGGACGACAUGGAUGACCCAGAUGAUUUUGAGGCUCAGCUUUGGUUGGGUGGCAAAAAUAUAACCGUUAUGAGCUGCACACAAUAUGGAUGGCUGGAUCAAAAAGUAAUUGAGACUGCUUUCCGUGCAAGGUUCACGAAUCGAGUCCGUGACACAGUUUGGUCCUGCGAUGAAAGUGGGGAAGUGACGGUAUUUGCCACAUCGCUGCACGAGUUGACAAGAUUGCAGUUGCCUUCACUCACAAUUCGCGCCCCAGAAUUGAUUGGAUCCGACGUUCUUCUGCUGGUGACUGGACGGCAAUUGGUACUUCUCCGAUUGAGCGACUCGAAUUCGGUGACGUUGCUUGCAGCCCUUGACAGCCCGUUCACGAUUAAAAACGCAGCCGUCGUCGUACAGGCCAGCAACAGGCAAAUUUGGACUGGCCAUUCUGAGGGACGGAUAUCAAUACAUCAUCUCAGCCAAGAAGACAAGUUUUCGUUCUCUUCCUCGUUAUAUUUGCCGGAAGAAAAAGUUAUUGUCCGAGACAUUGUAUCUAGCAGGGAUGGAAACAAUGUAUGGGUAACAACAGAAGGAGGUUCUCGAGUGUUCUGUUGGGACGUAGAGCGACGUCAAAUCUGUUCCUCUCUCGAUAUCCGCAAAGUGAUGCCCGGUAGCGAGACUAUUCAUACUCUGGAUGUGGAAUUAGCAGAAGACAAUUUUGUUACAACUAUAGCGCUUCACGAGUGUUCAGAUGGUGCGCAAUUGUAUGUUGGAACAAGCAAAGGUCUCCUUGUUGUUGCGAAUGCUUUGCUGUUACAGCCACUAUCAGCAUGCCGACCAUAUGGUGGUGAAUUGACAUCAAUUUGUGUUGUCGAGGGAGCUCGUGAUGAAGAGCUGUCUUUUAAAGUUCGGAGUACUCUUAGUACAACGUCUUCUGAAAGCGGCUUGGGUUGGGUUCGAGAACGAGUGAGUGAGACGCUAGAGAGAAUCCGUGGAAGUCCUGCACCAUUAGCCGGUCAGGGAACCGCGGCUGUCGUCACAAUCGGCAGAGCUUUUCGGAGUCUCUCCCACAGAUUUGUCGCAUCGUCAUCGUUGAACGAUACAUACUCCGUCGCGAUUUGGAGGACGGAGGAGUGGGUCUGA